AUGGCAAACACUACCGUCCUGAUCACUGGAGCCAACAGAGGAAUUGGCAAAGGUCUCCUCGAGAUCUACCUCGCUCGCCCAUCCCACACCGUCAUCGCUGCCGUCCGAGACCCCUCAACAGCAAAAUCCCUCGACUCCCUCCCAAAAGGCAAAGACAGCACCCUCAUCAUCGUCAAAAUCGACAGCUCCUCCGAAACCGAUCCCGCCUCCGCAAUCUCCACCCUCAAAACUCAACACUCCAUCACCAACCUCGACAUCGUAAUUGCCAACGCGGGCAUCAGUAGCGCCCCACCAACUCCCGUAUCUUCAGUCUCCAUCUCUCAAAUCCAAACCCACUGGCAGAUCAACGUCUUGCACCAGUGA